AAAUUUGACAGAAUGAACCGCUAAACUAACAUAAACUGCACAAUUAUGGGGCUUAACACUCACAAACAGCGCUCUACAUGGAAAUGUUUAUGAGUAUUAUAUUAGAUAGUGUUUGACAGAGGCGCCCGUCUUCUCUGUCUGCUGUUUAUUUACAUGUAGUUUCAUUUUUAUAUGAGUAAGUUGUAUUAUAGUCACGAUGGAUUACCUGCUUCAGGUGAAAGUUGGAGCUCUGGUCGGCCUGCUGCUUUUAACUCUGUUUUUUGGGUUCAUUCCUGCGCGGAUGAAAUGGUUUCAUGUCACUGGGGGAACAGAGCUCCACAAGGCCGUGCUGAGUUUCGUGAGCUGUUUCGCAGGAGGCGUCUUUCUGUCCGCCUGUUUAUUAGACAUCAUCCCAGACUACCUGUCUGACAUACACGGAGAACUUCAAAAACGAGACCUUGAUGAUGGCUUCCCACUUCCAGAGUUUAUCAUGGCUUGCGGCUUCUUUACAGUGUUAAUCUUGGAAAAAAUGGUUCUGAGUUGCACUGAGGGCCACAGAAAUGAAGAGACGGCUCCGCUGCUCGCGCCAGCGGCACCUAAUGGACACGCGCAUGGACAUCCCUCAGUCAAUGAUCUGGAGGGGAGUGGACAUCACGUUCAUGUGGAUUUUCAUGCGCACUCAUCCUUCCGCUCUUUCAUGCUCUUCCUGUCUCUCUCUCUUCACUCCGUUUUCGAGGGUUUGGCUAUUGGCUUGCAGACGACGAAUGCCAAGGUGUUAGAGAUCUGCAUCGCCAUCCUGGUCCACAAGAGCAUCAUCGUGUUCAGUCUGUCGGUGAAGCUGGUUCAGAGCGCCGUCAAGCCUUUAUGGGUGGUGCUGUACGUGACCGUCUUCGCCAUAAUGUCUCCUCUUGGCAUCGGCAUCGGGAUUGUGGUCAUCGAGACGGAGCGGCAGGCCGGGGGUUUAAUCCAGGCGGUGCUGGAGGGACUGGCGGCCGGUACGUUUAUCUACAUCACCUUCCUGGAGAUCCUUCCCCAUGAGCUAAACUCAUCGGAGCGGCCGCUGCUCAAAGUCUUAUUCCUCCUGUGUGGAUUUUCAAUCAUGGCUGCUCUGUGUUUUCUGGGCUGAACCACCAGAGGAAAUCAUGCAGGCUGAUUUCAGGUGAUUUCAGAAAUACUGAGUACUUCAGAUUUUUAUUUCAUUUUUUUAGAGGAACUGAGCUCUUCUUAGGAGCAUGUGUAAUAAUAUAUCUCAUAAUAGCUGCUCUGUGUUUUCUGGCCUAAAAGACACUCUUAUUAUUAUUCUUUGUGUGUGAAAACUGAAGAUGCCUGAGGAAAUCAUGCUGACUGACUUCUGAUUUCACGUGAUUUCUGAAUAAUGAGUAUUUCAGUUUGCUCUUUUUAUUUUUAGAGGAACUGGUGUUUUUUUUUUUUUUUUUUUUACAAGCGCAGAAGAUGCUGCAGUUUUGGUAAGGACUUUUAGAUGAUUGUUUCACAAUGCAUUUCAAGAAGUUCUUCACAUGACUUUUAUAGUGAAGGAAAUGUGUUUUGCUGAUGAAAAGUCAGCAGUGCAGUUUAUUGUUUUAUUUAUAGAUAUUUAAAAAAAAAUUUCCCUCAAAGUCACAUAUCAUAAAUGUUAUUUUCUUGUCUUUUUUGCUUCCUCUAUUGACUUGAAUAACACUAUACUAUCUCUAAAAGUGCCAACUGUCUGAUCAAAUGCAUACAUUAUCAAAUUUAAUUAAUAUAUUUCUAUGUAUUUCUACAAUAUUUUAAUGCUAUUUCAUUCUUUUUAAAUAAAAUGGGUGAAAGAAAUGUUGGUGACCAAAUCCAGUCAAAUUAAAUUUGUUGUAAGCAGAUUGUGCCCACUUUGUUUCAAAUACUUUUGCCAAAAUAAAAUGCAAUUAUAGUGAAA